AGGGAGUAGUCGAUAGUUUUUUUCCGCUAGGUGGACCAAAAGAACGAGGUGUAACUGCAGGCGUAGAGCAUCAGCUCAAGUAUAGUUGCACUGAGAGGAAUGAAGAAGAAGACGUGGGAGGUGAAGAAGGUGAAGUGGUAAAAGAUGAAAAGCGACCUGAUCAUGCUCCUCUUCGUCUUUCAAGUGAGGUAGAUGAAGUACACAAAGGGCAUGGGCAUGACAAAAUAAGAGCAGCCGCCUGCCUGGAUGUUAAUAGUAGCUGCAGCACAGGACACCUCCAAGAACACCAACACCAACAACCUGACCUGCGCACCUUGUUGCAGAGUGUCCUCGAUGCGUCAGCGACAAAGUGCGCUGCUCUAGAAGACAAAAUUGCAUUUCUAACGAAACAAGUGCAAGAACUAGCACAGCCACAGCCAGGACUAGCACAGAUUAAGGCCUCCCUUAAUUCAGAUUCAUCUUGAUAGGCAUCUUGGAAGGCUUUUGUAAGGGGAAAUGGCUACCAAGAUGCCCUUCAGGAUGAAUAUCGGUAAGGCCUAAGCAGCGGACUAAUCCUGGACUACUAGCGCACCAGACUGGGUCUUGUUCGUUGGAUCAUCUUAUCACCCGCAAAGUUUCCGAGACCUUGGACAAGUCAGACCGUUUGACGCCAGUAGUAAAGAAAAUAAUAUCACACCAGCAG